ACAAUGUUGAGCCGUUCCAUUUUGAUUAAGUAGACUUUGUACUCUGGAUAAAUGAAAUUCUUGUAAUUUUGUUUAAUAAAUUCAUUAAUUAUACACACUUUUUACAAUAAAUAUACUAAGUCAAAGUAUGUCGAAGCCUUCUAUUUUGAUAAUAGAACCAUUUUAUGGUGGUAGCCAUAAGCAGUUAAUUGAUACACUGAUCGAAUGUCUAAAUGUGACUGAUUAUGAAAUUUUUAGUCUUCCGGCAAAGAAAUGGCAUUGGCGUGCCCGCACAGGAGCAUUGUAUUUUUCCCAAGUGAUUCCACAAAAUCAUGAGUACAAAGUUUUAUUCUCAUCAUCUGUACUAAACUUGGCUGAGCUAUUGGGCUGUCGUCCUGAUUUAAAUGUUUGCAAGAAAAUCAUAUAUUUCCAUGAAAAUCAAUUGGUUUAUCCAGUGCGGGAAGUCAAAGAAAGAGAUUGUCAAUAUGGUCUUAAUCAAAUAAUGACAUGUCUUGCGGCUGACAAUAUAAUUUUCAAUUCAAAUUUUAAUCGCACAUCGUUUCUGGAUAACAUUCAGCCAUUCCUGAACAUACAACCUGACUUAAAACUAAAACAUUUACGUGAGAAAAUCGAAAAGAAAUGUGAAGUAAUCUACUUCCCCAUCAAGUUCCAUGCGUUUCCAAAUAAGCGCCUUAUUGUGGGCGGUGAUGUACAAAUGAACUCACUGACCACAGAGAAUGCAAAUGACUGUCUUCACCUAAUAUGGCCACAUCGUUGGGAACAUGAUAAAAAUCCCAAAUUACUAGUCGAGGUGUUGCUGGAGUUAAAUAAACGUCAGGUGGAUUUUAAAGUUACAAUAUGUGGUGAAACGUAUCACACCUCACCGGAGGCAUUUGAGGGUUUACAGGAUAAGCUGGGCUCAAAAUUAAUCAAUUAUGGUUUCCUGUCGCGUGAUAAAUAUGUUAAGACACUGCUGGAUGGUGAUGUGGUGAUAUCGACUGCUGGCCAUGAAUUUUAUGGAGUAGCCAUGCUUGAGGCGACCUAUUGUGGCUGUAUGCCCAUUGCCCCCAACAAACUGGUCUACCCCGAAUUAUAUCCCAAAGAAAACCUAUACAAUACUUCCAAUCAACUUAUCAAAAUGCUUUACAAUUGGUGCCGUAAUCCAGCCCUGUUCCGCAAACAACGUGAGAAAUUCUUUGAAUAUUUCACAUUUGAUCGUUAUUCUGCGCAACAUUUAGUACCAAAAUAUUUGGAAAAAAUGCGUUUUUAGUCUCAACAAUAGAAAUAUUCAACAUUGCCCAGCACAAUGCCAUAGUGCAAUAACUCGAAUUUAGAGUAUAAGUCUGAUACGCAUGAAUAGUAGAGUAGAAGUUAAACUCCAUCAUACCCUCUCCCUACCCAAAGAUGAAAAGCAGAAGUGACAUACAUAUAUAUUUUUUGGUAACUGAAUAUUAUUUUGAUACAAAAUAUGACGCCACAAAACCGAAACUAA